GGUCAGACGGGAAGAUAUUCAAACAAGUAAUGUUCGGAGUAAUGAAAUUUGUCAUUUGAAACUUUUUUUUGGAAAUAAUCAGUUGGGGCCCUAAUUUUCAAUUUGGUGACAAUUGAGAUGAGAACAGCAACAGCAGUCGACACUAAUCAACUUGUAUCAUGACCAAUAAACUAAUCAUGUGUCAUUCACUGUCCUUUUGUAACCCUCUUCUUCCUCUGAGUGCUGGUGUUUAGUCUUUCCAGAAGCAUGUCUCUAUGGUCCUCCACUUCAGUCCAGACUGAACUAUCAACAACUAGAAUGACACUCAGUAGCGCGUGUACCUCCACAAAGGUGUUAAGGCUUCACCAUAUUCCUCACACGCAUAUAUAUCAGUCCGCUUAUUAUCCCAUCAAGUUGCAUGUUUUAUUCCCUGGGAAGUCUGUGAAAAUAUCAAAAAACUAUCACGCAAUGUUAAAAGAAAGUGAAGUGAUUCUUGCUAAAAAUGUAAUGGAUUUGUUAUUGGACCAUCCAAGCCCAUCCUUCCAGCAAGUUUCGUGGAAAUCUGUUCAUUCGUUUUUAUGUGUUAUCCUGCUAACGGACAUACAAACAGAUGGGUGAAAACAUAACUUCCUUGGCAGAGUUAAUAAACAAACAGACAGCGGUGAAAACAUUUGAUGGAUUACCAUUAAAACGUUGUACGGAUAUUAAUGUUGCCCUUAGGAUGAAUCUGAAUAAGGAUGCUAGUGAUCCCAAAGAGUUUUUAUCUUGGCUCCAACAGUAGGUUGGCAUUGAGUGAAAUGUCCCAACAACUAUUUGAGGGAUUUUUAAGAUAUUUGGAACAGGCAUUAGUGUCCUUCAGCCUCUCUUAUGUCUUUAGUUGAGUUUCAGUAGUGAUGGGACUCCUCCUGUACACAGUAGUGAAGUAAAACCUCCAACAGUCUUUAUGUCGUAUGACAUUGCCAAGUUUAAAUGAACAGUAGCCUUCUGUUGGUGCAGUUGCUAGUAGCAAGUUUUAAUAUUAUUGUUGGAAUCCCUGAAGUCAGUUGCUCAAACAGGACCAGACUAAAUUAAUGGCACAUUAACCGUAUGGCAUAUAGACGAACCGGCCUCGAAUAGAACUGCGUUAUUUGUAUCAACCUGCUCAGUUUCAGGUUUCUUUUACCCUUCUUAUUCACAACAAACAAACCAAAACAACAUGUGCUUCUGCUUCUAUUCAACCGGUCCAUAUCAGACUCACUUUAAACAUUUAAGCUGAUGCUUGCCUUAUCCUCAUCUAAUCAUAUUAAGAUUAAUCUGUGUGGAGACCCAGCCCGUAUGGUGGCACGUCGCCUGCUUCCCCCAGCUGAGCUUCCAGCGGUCUUGCGGGUUUACAUUAAGGUUCAGCUGAUGUCACGUAUUCCCUCAUGGCAGCUUUUUUUUUAUUUUAAUCUGUUUCCUUCUCUUCCCAUCUGUUAAAUGUAUUAAAAUGUAACAGUGUCUGUGCAAGAUAUUACUCCGUCUGAGCAGGGAAACAUUUCCUGUAGGAGUUUGAGAAUGGCCGGUCUGUUACAUAUCCUCCUUUUACUUUACGUUUUUCAUAAUCUAUCACCAGUUGGAUAAUUACUUCAACUAUUAAUCAGAGAAUGUGAUGUAUGAAAUAUAAAUAUGUCAUAUGUAAAAUGAUCCAUCCAUCACUAUGACAGAGCUGGAGAAAGAUUCACACUGUCAGUCUUUAUUGGUUUGAGGGAUUAGUGUGAAGUAUGGAAAUAAGGAUUUUGGAUUAUUGAUGGGGGGAUUUCCUUAUACAUGACAUAAAAUCUGAGAAAAUUCAAAGAUUAUUUUUGCAGCCGUAAUCGCACACGAGAACAUCGUUAUAAGUAAUUAUUUCAAAGUUAAUACGGUUGAUGGGACCCGUCUGUCUGCUGUCUGCAGUCUUGAGUUCACUUUCCUCUCAUUCCCAUCUUCCCCCCUCUAAUUUUCCUGCGCGACCACAAGCACCGCUCGCUCUGUCAUGACUCCCAGUCACAUUGGCAUCUUAUUCAAAGGCGGCAGCCCAGAUCUGUAUCCAUUAGUUGCAGUAGAGGGGAGGGAAGGAGGACCGUGGAGGGAGGGAGAAUGACUGCUAUUUAAGGGCUGGAGUCGAAAGCAAUGGGGGUCAGACCAAAACGCUCCUCACACUUUAAAAGACAUUUACUCCCACUCUAUUGCUCUCCCUCUCCCUCUCUCUCUCUGCUCUUGACUCAGGAGCUGAAGCCCAGUCUGAGCUGUGAACGCUGAGGGGAGGACAAGGAGCUGGCUGAGGGAGGACUGACGGAGCUGCCACCUUUGUUGGGAGAGGCUGCAGGACAGAGCAGUGACACAACAGAGCACUCGUUUUUCUUGGCUUCCCUGAAUGAGUGAAGACUCCGAGGAACACCUCAUCUCACAUGCAUAGGUGUGUGACAAAAAGUGGAUUGCACAAGUGCAGCCAGACUCGCACAGCAGCUACUGGAGCGAUCAGAGGAGAUGACCGACUACUGAGGGAGUGAACACGAGAAAGAGUUAUCCACAGCUUUGAUAACCUCAGCAGAAGGGCCAGCAGCCAGCACACUCCACGCCUAAAACACAUUUUGUCAGAAGCUUCACCAUUAACCAGGCUCAGCCUUUAGUCGGGGGAUCAAACUGAUAUUUAUUUGACUAAGUCCACAUCCCACCCCCACACCCACCAUGGGUACAAGAGGCCUUCUUGGCUGCCUCGUCCUGACUGCUCUGCUCGGCUUAUCGAAUUCUGGGCUCGUGAAGAAAAUCGUACGUCAUCGGCGACAGACUCUGGUAUCCCCCAAAAAACAAAACAUCACCCUCCCCGCCGCAGACGGCCCUGUGGUUUUCAACCACGUCUACAACAUCAAUGUUCCCGCCAGUGCCCUGUGCUCGGUGAACCUGGACAAGCCGGAGAGCACGCAGCUCCAUCCCAAAGAUGCACCGGUCUCGACGGGCCAUCACAUCACGGAGCACACCGUGGACGGGGAGAACCAGAUCGUGUUCACCCACCACAUCAAUAUACCUCGGCAGGCCUGCGGCUGCCCUGACGACCUGCCCGGCCUGAAAGAACUCAUGAGCCGGCUGGAGAUGCUCGAGGGAGAAGUUUCAGCUCUGAGAGAUCAGUGCAACGGUGACAGGCCCUGCUGCAGUGCACAGGCCACAGUCAUUGGUGAUGUGGGAACAAAACCUUACUGCAACGGUCAUGGAAACUACAGUGCUGACACCUGUGGCUGUGUAUGUGAGUCUGGCUGGAAGGGACCCAACUGCUCUGAGCCCAAGUGUCCCGGGAACUGCCAGGACGGUGGCCGCUGCGUGGACGGAAAGUGCGAGUGCUUCAAGGGCUUCUCUGGCGAAGACUGCACGUUCAAGGCCUGCCUGAUGGAUUGCGGCGCUCGCGGCCGGUGUGUGGGCGGCAUUUGCAUCUGCUGGGAGGGUUUCUUCGGUGACGACUGCUCUCAGACCAGUUGCCCCGACAACUGCCGAGGCCGCGGCCGCUGUCAAGACGGAGACUGCGUGUGUGAUGAACCCUGGACUGGCUCGGAUUGCUCGGAGCUUGUCUGUCCAAAAGACUGUUACGAGCAUGGGCGUUGUGUUAACGGCACCUGCUACUGUAGUGAGGGGUACACCGGGGAGGACUGCACAGAACGCACCUGUCCCAACAACUGCCAGGGUAAUGGUUUCUGUGUUGAUGGCCAGUGUGUCUGCACUGCCGGCUACAGUGGAAAGGACUGCUCUCAGCUCACCUGCCUCAACGACUGUAACGGCAGAGGGACGUGCUUCAACGGGAUGUGUAUCUGCGACAUGGGAUACCAAGGUGAAGACUGCAGCCAGUUAGCGUGUCUGAACAACUGUAACAGUAGAGGCCAGUGCAUAAAUGGACAGUGUGCAUGCGAUGUUGGUUUCCAGGGAGAUGACUGCUCUGAGCUCUCCUGUCCCAGCAACUGUCUGCAAAGAGGGCGCUGUGUUAAUGGCCAGUGUGUGUGUGAGGAAGGCCUCGCCGGGGAGGACUGCAGCAUCAGGACCUGCCCCUCAAACUGCUACGGCCGCGGCGAGUGUGUCGACGGACGUUGCGUGUGUCAUGUAGGCUUCACCGGCACGGACUGCAGUGAGCUGAGCUGCCCAAACCACUGCCAAAACCGCGGCCGCUGCAUCGAUGGGCAGUGCGUCUGUGACGAAGGCCUCACCGGAGAAGACUGCAGUCAGAAAGCUUGUCCCAACGACUGCCUGGCUAGAGGUAACUGUAUAGAUGGAAAGUGCACCUGUCAGGAGGGCUACUCAGGAGAGGACUGCUCUGUGCUCACCUGUCCAGAUAACUGCAACAACAGGGGGCGCUGCGUCAACGGGAGGUGCACGUGUGAGGGUGGAUAUGAAGGAGCGAGCUGUGCAGUGCUGAGCUGCCUCAACAACUGCCAGGACAAAGGCCGCUGUGUGAAUGGUCAGUGUGUCUGUGAUGAGGGAUACAUCGGAGAGGACUGCCUCGAAGUGUCUCCACCAAAGGACCUUACUGUUGGAGAGGUCACCGCUAACACAGUGGACUUGUCCUGGAACAACGACAUGUUGGUGACGGAAUACCUUGUGACGUAUGCGCCCACCAGUCCCGGUGGUCUCCUCCAGGAGAUCACCGUGUCUGGAGACGAAACGUCUGCCACUGUCAAAGAGCUUGAACCUGGCGUUGAGUAUCUGAUCAGUGUCUAUGCCAUCCUGAGCAACAAGAGGAGUGUACCUGUCAGCGCGAGAGUGGCCACAGAUCUCCCACAGCCAGAGGGUGUAAAAUUCAAAUCUGUGAGAGAGACCUCAGUCGAGGUUAUGUGGGACCAGCUGUACAUCCCCUUUGAUGGCUGGGAGAUCUAUUUCCGCAACACGAAAGAAGAAAAUGGGAAGGUCGUGAGCGUCCUUCCAGCCUCUCAAAACAAGUUUUUCCAGUCAGGCCUUGGACCGGGACAGGAGUAUGAAGUGUCCAUCAACAUCAUCAAGAAUAACACCAGAGGGCCCCAAACAACCACAACGGUCUCCACCAAGAUCGACGGCCCUGGGCAGGUCGAGGUGAAAGACGUGACGGACUCCUCGGCACUGGUGAGCUGGUCUCAGCCGGUUGUUCCUAUGGACAGAGUCGCCAUUUUCUACACCCCCACCUCCGACCCCUCGGAUGUAGGCAGUGCAGUGAUUUCCCCCCCAGACAAGCAGUACAGCAUCGAUGUUCUGAUGCCAGACACCGAGUACACAGUGUCCCUCACCUCCAUGAGGGGAAACGUCACCAGUGACCCUGUCACGACCACAUUCACUACAGCGCUGGAUGCCCCCAAGCACCUGCGGGCCGUGUCCCAGACGGACACCAGCAUCACUCUGGAGUGGACGAACAGUCAGGCUGACGUUGGCGGAUAUCGAGUCAAAUACAGCCCGAUUUCUGGAUCAGCUCAUGGUGAGGACGUGUUCCCCCGAGGACCGGGAGACACCACGAAAGCUACAGUCACUGGGCUAAAUCCAGGUACGGAGUAUGGGAUCGGUGUGACUGCCAUGAAGAAAGAGAGAGAGAGCCUUCCAGCUACUGCAAAUGCAGAAACUGACAUCGAUCCUCCCAGAGGUUUCGAGGCAGCCGACUCCACAGAAACCUCCCUCGCUUUGAAGUGGCAGAAGCCUCGUGCCAAGGUCAAUGGCUACAGGCUGGUGUACGUCUCUGGAGAUGGGCAGGUUGAGGAGGAGGAGAUCCCAGCCACCGCAACCAGCCAUGUCUUGUCCAGCCUGACUCCUGGAAUGAGCUACACUCUCAGUUUGACUUCAGAGAGGGGACACAAGAGGAGCACACCCGUCACCCUGUCUGCAUCCACAGCCUCUUUCACAUUUUAUUUAGCUGACUCAGACGACCAUGAGCUAACGACCCCUACAGGUUUGGAGGACAAUUUCAUUAGCUUUGUGAAUUUAGACCCCUCUGAGUCCCAGGUCUCUGGGAUGGAGCCUGAGGAUGAGCUUCGAACGCUGCUGACUGUUGCAGGCAUCACGUCUGAUGGAUUUGACCUCUCAUGGAGACUCAAGGCUCAUGGCCUUUACGAUAGCUUUGCAGUAGAAUAUAAAGACACUCAGCGAUUGUGGAAUGCGAGAGAGGUCCAACUCCCUGGAAAUGCCACUGGCUCUAGGUUGGAAGGCCUGGCGGCAUCAACAGAGUAUCAAAUAAAGCUUUAUGGAAUAACAGGUAGCCAGAGAUCUGCUCUACUUGAAGCUGUUGCAGUCACAGCACCCAAGCCUACCUCUCCAGAUGUACUUUCGCUGAGCAUCAAAGAUGCCACAACAACCCCACAGUCCGCUCGGGAUAAUGCCACGGUCCCAUCAGCAGAUCCCGUCAGGCCUGUAAACACUCAGGCUCCUGCCACUGCUGAUCCUGGUGUGAUGAGCUCUGGGGCUGAGAGGUCAAACCUGGAUGUGCUGGGGGAACUCAAAGUCACAAAUGUUACCUCAACUAGAGUGAACUUGGCUUGGUCGGCGCCCGAUGAGGCGUUUGACAGCUUCUUGGUGGAGCUAACUUCUCCAUCAGGGGUGACACACGCUCAUGUGACCACAUUACCAGGAAGUGUGAGGAGGGCUGAAAUUGAGGGUUUGUCCCCCUCUGCACACUAUGAUAUUUCUUUGCAAGGGCUGGUGGAUGGGAAACGAUCUUUGCCUCUCAAAGUUUUUGCUACCACAGAGGAGCAGAAGCCCAAGGUGGUGAACCUCACCAUCUCUGACAUUACAUGGGACGGCUUCACUGCCUCCUGGAGCCCCACGGUUGGGGAAUUUGACAGCUUUGUCAUUGAGGUAACAAACUUGGAGAAUUUCGCAGAGAGCCAGAACCUCACACUGUCUGGAGACGCAUUCAGUCUGGGCAUCUCCGGGCUGAAUCCCAACAACAGCUACCUGGUUGGCCUGUAUGGGAUGUAUCAGGGCUCCUUCCUUGAACCUGUGUACAGUGAAGCCACCACAGUGAAACAGCCAGUGCUUGGCAAACUGUAUAUCUCAAACUUAACAUCAGAGAGCUUUGGCAUCCUGUGGAACGGCACUGAAGGAGAGAUUGAUGGUUUUAUCCUGGAGAUAAUUGAUUCUGAUUGGCUGAUGGAGCCAAAGGAAUAUAACAUAUCCCACAAUGAAAAGUCCUACGAUGUCACAGGGCUCAGGCCCAGCACUGAUUACAUAGCCUACCUCUAUGGGACAUACAAGGGAUCCCGAACAAGUGCUGUCAGUAUUGUUGCAUCAACAGCUGAAGAGCCUGAUUUGUCCAGACUACUUGUCUCUAACAUUACCUCAGACAGAUUCUCUCUGUCGUGGCGGACAAGAGAGAAGGUUUUUGAUAACUUUAUAGUAGAAGUCAGAGAGUCCGCUUUGCCCUCGCAGGCAAUGGGGCGCGCUCUGCCAGGAGACGUGCACUCCACAGUCAUGUCCGGGCUCAAAGCGAGCACAAGCUACAACAUAAAGCUGUACGCCAGCACCGGAGGCCAGAACACACAGCCUUUGUUUGCUUUAGCCUCAACAGAGGAUGUCCCACAGUUGGGACCCAUAUCUGCUUCGUCCGUGAGCCCACACAAUCUCAGCUUGUCCUGGAGCACUGUGUCAGGCCACAUUGAUGGCUUUGUUCUCCGGAUCAGUGACUCUGAGCAGCAGACUGAUCCGCUGGAGUUCAGAUUGCCCAGUGAAACCCGUAACAUUACAGUCUCUAACCUGAUGGAUGCCACAGGCUAUGACAUUGAACUGUACGGUAUUUCUCACGGGCGCCACACUCCGUCUGUGUUAGCCCGCACCGUCACAGCUCCUUUGCCUAAAGUGGAAAACUUGACCAUUUCCAACAUAACCCCCUACGGCUUCCGUGUGUCGUGGGAGGUGAAGCGGCAGCUGCAGCAGGAGGAUUCACCCCCCUCUAGUGGGGGCUUCAGACAUUUUCACAUAGUGGUGACAGACUCUGGCUGGCUACUGGAGCCACAGGAGUUCACUGUGCCAGGAAACCAAAGUCACCUGGACAUCUGGGGCCUCAUCACCGGCAUAGGAUAUGAGGUCCGGCUGACUGGGGUGUCAGAGUCGGGGCUCCUCUCUCGGCCUCUGACUACAGUGGCUGUGACAGAGGCCGAGGCAGAGGUGGAGCAUCUCUUUGUCUCGGACAUCACUGCCGAUGGCUUCCGUCUGUCAUGGGCGGCUGAUGACGACAUGUUUGACAGAUUUUUGAUCAAAAUAAGAGACAGCAAAAGAUUAGCCCAUCCUCGAGAGUACAACGUCCGCGGUGACGAACGAACCAAGGUCUUAACCGGACUCAUGAGUGGCACCGAGUAUGAAAUCGAGCUUUAUGGUGUCUCAUUCGACCAGCGCUCCCAACCUAUUACUGGGGUCGCUCAGACAGGCCUGAGCACGCCAAGAGGACUCCACUUCUCCGAAGUGACUGACUCUUCAGCUGUAGUUCACUGGACCACGCCUCCCUCUCCAGUGGAUAACUACCGCAUCGCCUAUUUGCCCUUCGAAGGAGGAAGCCCAAUGAUGGUGACUGUGGACGGCAGUGUGUUUGAGGCUGUGCUGCCCAACAUGGUACCUGGCAAGACGUAUCAAGUGACUGUCAGUGCUGUGAAGGGUCUGGAGGAGAGUGACCCCAGCACUGACAUUGUGACCACAGCUUUGGACAGACCCCAGGGUCUGACUGUGGUUAAUGUCACGGACACCGCAGCCCUGCUGCUAUGGCAACCAUCUGUGGCCACUGUUGAUGGCUACGUCAUUACCUACAGUGCUGAUUCAGUGUCACCAGUGGUGGAGCAUGUUUCUGGAAACACUGUGGAGUUCGAGAUGGGCUCCUUGGUUCCAGGAACCCACUACACAGUUGGCGUUCUUGCUAUGAAAGAAGUGCAGAAGAGCGACUCUGCUCUUACUGAAUUCACCACAGAUGUGGACCCUCCUCGUGACCUGACGGCUAUUAACAUUCAAACUGACAGUGCAACUCUGAUAUGGCAGCCUCCGCAGGCUGCGGUCACCGGUUACAUGCUCACCUUCUCCUCUGCUGACGGUGUAAUCAGGGAGGUGGUGCUCAGCCCCACAGCCUCCUCCUACAGCAUGGCUGAGCUCUCUGGCUCCACACAGUACAGUGUCAGACUGCAGGCCAUCGCCGGAGUCCAGAGGAGUCGUCAUGUAGCCACCGUCUUCAUGACCAUGGGACAAUUGUACAGAUGGCCCAGGGACUGUGCUCAGAUAUUUCUGAAUGGAGAGACGACCUCUGGUCUGUUCACCAUCUAUGUGGGGGGAGAGGAGGGACAGCCCAUCCAGGUUUACUGUGACAUGACCACAGACGAAGGAGGAUGGACGGUUGCCCUCAGACGCCAGAAUGGAAAGCUGGAAUUCUUCAGGAACUGGAAGAACUACACUGCUGGCUUCGGUAACAUGAACGAUGAGUUCUGGCUCGGUCUCUCCAACCUCCAUAAAAUCACAACUUCUGGCCAUUAUGAGCUACGAGUGGACCUGAGGGACAAGGGGGAAUCUGCCUACGCCCAGUACGACAAGUUCACGAUUGCAGAACCAAGAACACGCUAUAAAAUCUACAUAGGAGCCUAUAGUGGAACAGCAGGUGACUCCAUGACCUACCACCAGGGUCGACCCUUCUCCACUUUUGACAAUGACAACGAUAUCGCCGUCACCAACUGCGCCUUGUCCUACAAAGGCGCCUUUUGGUAUAAAAAUUGUCAUCGCGUUAACCUCAUGGGGAAAUAUGGCGACAGCAGUCACAGUAAGGGGAUCAACUGGUUCCACUGGAAGGGCCACGAACACUCGAUUGAAUUUGCAGAGAUGAAGUUUAGACCGGCCAACUUCAGGAACUUUGAGAACAGAAAAAAGCGAUCAUAGACUUGUGAACCCCCUCCUCCUCUUCUCCACCUCAUCCCCCCAGCCUCACCAGCACUCAUGAACAUCUGUGUUCCCUCAUCUUUAAGUAUCCUCUAAUUUACUACAAACCAAGGUUUUCAGACUGAAUGUUAUCGAUUCUGGCUGUGAGAAAUAUAACUUGGUGAAUUUCCACCCAAUAAUCAAACAAUUGGUCGAAUUGUCCCAGUUUGGCACUUGUUGGUGGAGUGAUUAUAUUUCUGUGUUCCCACAUUUUGGGUUCCAAGAGGAAGUAGUUGUUGAUUUUAAGUGUGAAUGAACAUAAUAGUACAUGUGCUAUGGGGACCCAAACAGCUGUAUCAUAUGAGAAAUAAUUCUAAAAUUGUGUAAAUUAAUCCACUGAAUCACUAACAUGUCAAAGGCACAUAGAAGGCGUCGGGCCACUUCCCUCACACCCCCUGAAGUCAUGGGAAUUUAAUUCAGAGGCAUUUUGAUUUCGAAUUAGUUAAAUUCCUCCAUCUUCAACAGAGUUAUGGACACAAAAUGAAUUGGUAAAGAAAUGAACUUCUGAUUUAUUAAAAAAUAAUCAGCAAAGAAGUUUCCUGAAAAUGAACCACAUAAUUUGGUCUUAAGUAUACAGUAGGUAAAACAGAGUUAGCUGGUGAUACAUGUUCAAGUAUUUCUAAAUGCUAUGUAGCACAACCAUAAAGACUUUUAUUAAGAGGAUAGCAACUGAGCUACAUAUGGAAAAAAUAUUUCAUGUAUUUGCAAACAGACAAUAUGCAUACAAUUCUGCAUAAAUUAAGAAUACUGGUUCCACUAAUAAAUGAGUGAGUAAUAAAUAUUCACUUGGGUUUAAAUGGAGCUAGUUAUUCAAUGCAAAUUCACCUGGUAGUUGAUGCUAAACUCAGCUAAUUCACCAAAACCACCUGACCUGUGAAAUGAGGCCAAAAGGAAAUGAUGUAUGAAAUCAUAUGUAUUAUGAAACAUGGUCAACUCCAUGAAAUGUUGCCAUAGAUUCAUUGUACAACCAGGAGUCGUAUAAUAUGAGUAGGCCACUAAUACAAAUGUAACAAAUUGAUUCAUAUUUAAAUUUUGACCUACGUAUUUUGAUAGAGAAACAAAUCGGAUGCUCUGUAACCUUCAAGACAUAUUAAAAUGUUAGUUUGAUAGAA